AUGGGUGACACAACCAUCACUGCAGAAACCAGCAAUGUUACAAAGGCUGUGAGCUAUAAUGUUAAUCACCCCUAUCACCUCGAUAAUUCUGAUUCACUUGGUAUGACUCUAGUCAAAACUUUAUUUGAUGGAAGAGGAUACCCGGGAUGGAGAAGAUCUAUUCUCUUGUCCUUAUCAGCCAAGAAGAAACUUGGUUUCAUCAAUGGAGUUUGUCAAUCUCCAGAUCUGAAUUCUCCAGAACAUGAACAAUGGAGUUGUGUGAAUGACAUGGUCAUCUCUUGGAUCUUUAAUGCUCUUUCAAAAGAUAUUGCAGAUAGUGUGAUUUAUUCCAAAACUGCAAAAGAGCUUUGGGACAGCCUUGAGCAGAGAUUUGGGAGAUCAAAUGGAGCUAAACUUUAUCAUCUGCAAAAGGAAUUAUCAAGAUUAGUACAGGGAAACAGUGAUAUUGCAGGAUAUUUCACUAAGCUGAAACGAUUGUGGGAUGAAUUAGAUACUUUGAAUGUUAUCAUAUGCUGCUCUUGUGUUUGUGUUUGUAAAGGAAAAGCAAAAUUAACUAAGUCACUAGAGGAUCAGAGGUUGAUCUAA